AUGGAGCGAGGAAGCUCACUACGGUCGGUGAGAUCCUCCAGUGGAAAGGUCGGAUCACAUACCCGCAGCAGGCCGUUGGCAAGAUCGCAAGCAAGCAGGGAAGUGAGCGGUAGCGGUGAAACGACGAGAAGCUACUACGAUCUGUAUCCGGAACGGAAGCAGACCGGGCCCUACAUCCCAAAGUCUGCUCUCGUAUCUCCUGAAGAAGCUGCAAGUCAAUCCGCAUCGCCAGCGCCGGAAGGUAGCUCUGUUUGUCGAUCUCGUUCAAGUAGCCGACUCGAACCGGCACGCAAAGAGGCUUCACAUUCUUCCGAAAAGAGACACGCCGGCGCUUUCCUACUCCCACCAGACACGUCCCGCAAGCGUACUGAAGGCUCAACUUCCGUAAGACGUUCGCUUUCGAGCACGUACGCCGCUUCCUUGGUUGCGCUGGGAAGGGCUCGCCCACGUACCAUCACAUUGGAACCUGUCAAGUCCAUCGACGAAAUCAUCAAGAUGCAUUCCGACAACCUCUUGUCCGCUCCUCAAUCACAGCGUGGCCCACAACGUUCCGCUUCGUGGUCCGCCUUCGAGUCCACAGCGCCCCUAUCGCAAUCAAACUCAGUAAGGAGCUCGACGUACGAUGAAGAGCCUUCAAAAUCAGAUUCGGAAGGCUCGGAGGGCUCUGUGGAGCAAGAGACCCGCGCUGUACUGAGGACGACACAUUCCAACGACAUCGGACGGAGAUUGUCGCGACUUUCCAUCGGUGGAACGACUUCAAGCGUGUCAGAGACAGCUCACGGCGCACUACAGUCUCCAGUUCAGCGAGAGGUGAAUACUAAGAGCCUAGCUUCAGGGCUGACGAGCCUGACACUCUGCACGAAGGUCAAGGUUGCCGGAUCACCGCUCCUUCAAGUGUCGUUCGCCGAUGUGGGCCUCGAGAGCGGGCAUCCUGUCAUGGUCUUCCUUGGCCUAGGGGCAUCGAGGCAUCUUAUCGGCCUGUAUGACGAGGUUGCGGCGUCACUCGGCCUGCGCCUGAUAUGCAUCGAUAGGUGGGGCAUUGGCCGCACAGACAGUGUGCAGUCGGAAGGACGCAACAUUCUCGGCUGGAGCUUUGUUGUCGAACAGGUAGCUGAUCUUCUCGAGAUUGAUAGAUUCUCGAUCCUGGCCCAUAGCGCCGGUGCGCCUUUCGCGGUGGCCCUAGCGCUCCUCUUUCCUCACCGCAUUCAGGGGCCGCUGCAUUUGCUUGCUCCCUGGACGGGCAUGCAACAAGAUAGUGGCUAUCGUUGGUUGCGGUACGUCCCGGACGGCGUUAUCAAGACGGCACAGGCAGCCGAGUGGAAGAUCCAGAACUGGAAGCUGAACAAAGAAGGGUCGAGGGGAGCGAACAGAAAUGCCUUGACUCAGGCCGAAGAGCCUUGCUACGAUGUUCGGCAGUACGACCUGGAGGAAUUUGACAGAGGACCAACGCCUCCUCCCAAGGAGCAGACGCAUCGUAGAAACAAGGCCUUGGCCGAGCAUGGCACGUCGCUGCCAAGCAGCAAGUCAGGGGAAACACAAGCAGAGAGCAGAAAGGUGGUUGACGGUAGCAGGCCGGUCUUGUGCUGGCAGACAAGCAACUCGCAAAUGGCAGAAGCGGAACGGAACAGCGCUGUUGAGCUGCUCAAAGCCUCUCAUGCGGAGAGUGCACGCGGCUUGGUGGAUGAUUUGCAAAUGGUUUUGGGAAAAAGGCCGUGGGGAUUUGGCUAUACGGAUCUGCAAGCCGAUUGCGAGGUAUGGCACGGAUCAAAGGAUGAGCGGAUUCCUCUGUCGAGCUCGAUCAACUUGUCUAGAGAGAUGAAAGCCUGUUCGCUGCAUGUCGUGGAGGGAGCAAGCCAUAGUCUGAUGACAAAUUCAGAGGUGGUGGUGGAAGUGUUUGAGAGCAUUCGCAAGCACAGCGGACGGUAG